AUGGACGACGGCGGCGACUCGAAGCGCGUGAAGUUCGUCUUCAUCACGUGGGUCGGCGAGAGCGCGUCGCCGCUCAAGAAGGGAAAGGUCGCUCUUCACAAGAAGGAUUGCGCGACUCUAUUUAAGGGCUUCCAUAUUGAGAAGCAGUUGUACGAGAGGGAGGCCCUGGCGAGCCUGCAGAAGGAUAUUGAUGACACACUGAAGAUGGCGGGCGGCGCCAACUACGAUAUGGGAAACAUCCGCAUGGGCGUGCAGGCCGGCAACUCCGACAGCUACAAGUCUUUGGAGCUCUCAGAUUCACUAGAUGGAUUAUUCAUUCGCUGGCGCGAUGCGAUCAGUGGCGUCACGACUGGUUCCGCCAGCAGUGACGGCUCAGAGGAGCGGGAGCUCAUAGCAGGUGGGAAUGUGACGAGCAGGUGGGAGUGGGAUGCCGUAGCCACCCGCCUGUACCUGGAGAUUCUGUUCCUCGAGAACUCCCGCCCGCUGCACCGUGCGCUGCUCUCCGCGCUCGUGCGCAUCUUCGCGCUCCAUGGGGUUGGCGCAGCGGGGCGGGGCAGGGGGAAGGGCGGAGCCAGAGGAGGGGGAGGGCGGAAGGGGAAAAAAGAGGGGAAGGGAAAGAAGCAAAGGGGCGAGCGAGCAGAGAGAGGGACAAGUGCGGGGGAUAGCCAGGCAGAGGGGGGGUUGGGAGAUGGAGGAGUGAGGCAGGGAUACGGAGAGGAGGAUGGGGAGAGUGUUGCAGGGAGAGCGAGGGCGAUAGUGGAGAGUGUUAUCGCGUUGUGCUGUAACGAGUACGGCGUUGGUGGCUCCAAGAGGCGGCAGUUCGCUGCAGCUGCAGCAGGGGCUUCCAUCACUGACGCCCAGUUCCAGGUUUGUGCUUGCCGCCCCUCCCCCUCUCCCCCUCUCACUCCUAGUCACAUUCAUGGCACUCCACUCCCACUCGUGCCAUCCGCCCCACUCGUGCCAUCCACCCCCAUCCACGGUCAUCCCCGUUCCCUUCCUUCCACACUCGUCCCCGUUCCCUUCCUUCCACGGUCGUCCCCAUUCCCUUCCUUCCAGGCACCCUUUGACAGCUCAUCUCGCCUCGUGGCGCGACAGCUGGCGCACGUUCUGAGUGCAGACGUGGCAGCAGUGGUGGACCACAUGCAGCCACGUGGCAGCAGUCAGGACAGGUUUCCAAGGGGGAGCAGGAGCAGCACAUGCAACGAUCAUGAGGGGCUCUCUGAUGCCGCUGGCAUGGCUGACGUAGGGCAAACAGCUGCCAAAGAAGCCUCGGAAGCAGGUUUGGGAGCAGGUUCGGGAGCAGGUUCGGGAGCAGGUUCGGGAGCAGGUUCGGGAGUAGGUUCGGGAGCAGGUUCGGAAGGGGGGGGCCACGUGGUACCAGCAACGAUGGAGCUGUGUCAGGAGGCGCUGUCAACGCUCUACUACCUGCUGCAGCGCUACCCUCUAGAGUUUGCUCUGCGCCCUUCCAGCACCCAAGGCCAAGGCGAGCUGAGCAGUCAAGGCAGUGAGAGGAGUGGGAGCAUUGAGAGCAGUGAGAGCAACGGGAGUGUUGAGAGCGAGGGCGUGUGUGAGGAGCUGCUGUCAGUGCACGGCGCUGUAGUGAGAGUGCUACAAACGGGGGUGCUUUCCAGAGAUGCCACUGUAGCAGCGGCUGUCGCUCUCUGCGCCCUGCUGCCUCUCAUCCAAUCAGAAAAAAGCUCUGGUGCAACAGCAGGGGAAGAGAAGGGCGAACAGGAGGAGGAGGAGCGGAGGGAAGGGCGGCUGGCUGUGGCUCUAGCACGCUCCUUCUUUUCCUCCCCUGCCUCCUCUUCGUCCCCUUCCGCCCCUGCCAUGCUGCCAUCAGCUGCUGUCGCGAGUCCUACCCCUGCUGUGUCUGCAGCGCCAGCAACCGGCUUAGCAGCGGCUGCUAGCGAGUUUGUGGACCCAUUGACAGUACUGGAGGCGCUUAAAACGAGGCAGGAGCGAGCAGAAGCAGGGCAGUCGGGUGCAUGGUUGGUGGACAUGGGGAGGUUUCCUCUGUUCAGCCAGCUGUGCUGCAUCCGAGGCAUGCUCACUGCUGUUCCCCGCCAAGCCCUCACUCACCUCCUGCUGCUGCUGCCCACGCCCUUGGCCGUGCCUGCUCAGCCGCUUGAAGCAGCAGGUGCAGCAAGAACAGCAGCAGGGGAGGCAGCGACCCCCCAGGCGGAGGAUGUGCGCUGCUGGUCGCUGCUCUUUCACGGCCUGCUGCCCCAUGUCCUCUCUUUCUGUGAAGCUUCCUCAGACGCGCACACCAAGUUCCAUGCGCUCACCGCCCUCCAGAUAUGCCUCCACCAGAUCAAGACCAGGUCCGGGAUUUGCGGAGCGGAGGUGUCAGCAGCAUCAGCAGCAAGCCAGGAAGCUGAUAUAGUUCCUCUUAGCCAAUUGGUGGAAAUUUCGAUGGAGGAUGGCGGUGUGCCGGCGUAUGAGGAGAUGCCACGUGGCAUUGUGGAUAGGAUCCUGGGCGCGGUGUGGGGCCACUGGGAGGAUCCGCUGACUCAGACGGCGAGGCAGGCCCACGUGGCACUGGACCUGCUGCUGGACGUUGUUGAAUGCCUGGGACGCGUGGGCGAAGGGGAUAAGGGCGCGGGGGCUACAGAGGAAGAGAAGGGAGGAGGAAAAGAUGUUGCUGGUUCUGUAGGUGACGGUGUGAAAGAUGAGCGGGAGGAGAAAGGGAGGGAAGAGGAGGAGGAGGAGGAUGUGGUGGAGGGGCUGGGGUUCAUGAUGGCGGAGGAGCAGGGAGAGGGGGCAGAGGGGGGACGAGAGCAGGAGCAGGAGGCAAGGCAGAGUGGGACAGCAGAGGCGAGGCCAGUUGCUGCACCAGGAGGGGCGGCUGCAGCUGCAGAAGGGACGGACGAGGAGGUUGUUUCCGGGGCAGGCGCAUCCCGCGUGGGCGGCGAGUUUCGGCGGUUUGCGGAGCAGCUGGCUCAGGAGGUGCUGGCGACGGGGCCGCACAGGAAGGGGCGGUAUGUUCCCCUUGCCUCGCUUGCUCUGCGCUUGGGCGCUGCUCGCCUGCUGCUCAUGAGCAAGCAGGGGCGCUUGGAGGGCGAGGAAGGCCAGAGGAGCGUGGGGAGUGAGAGGAAUGGAGCAGCAGGAAAAGGGGAGGGAGCAGGAGGGAGUGUGCGGUUCCCGGUGGGAGUGUUGGGUGACGCCCUAGCAGCCAUGGGCGACGAGGGCGUGUGCUGUGCUGUCGCCUCCUUCCUCUCCCCCUUCCUCUCCCGCCUCCGUGAGGAGUGCUGGGCCGGCACAGCAGGCACAACGGCCACAGCAGGAAUUGGGGAGGGUCAGGAAGGCGGCGGAGAGGGGGGAGGCAACGUGGAGUGGCGGAGGGUGUGGAUGCCAGCAGUGCUGUGUGGGCUGGUGGCACGGCCGUCUCUGCACCGCACCAACGUGGCCACCUACGCCCUCCCCGUGCUCCUCUCCCUCGACCCGCCCUCGCUCUGGCCCCUCCUCUCCUUCCUCACCGCCCUGCCCCCAGGCAGCGAGGGAAGAGAGGGUAUUGAGGAUAGAUUGGGCAGCGCGGUGGCGGUGUGGGAGCACUGGCCUGAGCUGGCGGAUGUGAGGGGAGGGCCGCAUGGGGAGUACCCGUGGGGGGCGAGUGUGGAUGCGCGGGUGGGGGCGGUGGUGGCGCUGCUGCGCAUGGGGCGCGGCAUGGGCGUGCUGGAUGGACCCCUGGAGGCCGCUGGUAGGGGCGGCCGGGAUAUGUGGGCGCAGAGGGCGGGUUCAGGGGAUGAGGAGGAGGAGGAGGAGGAGGAGGAGGAGGAGGAGGAGGAGGAGGAGGAGGAGGAGGAGGAGGAGGAGGAGGAGGAGGAGGAGGAGGAGGAGGAGGGAGAGAGUGGGGAUGGGGAGAAAGGGAGGGCGGACGGAGAGGAGGCGGGGAGGAGUGACUGGUCCGGCGGGCCGCAGACCGUGCUGACGUGGAUGCUGGAGCGGGCGACGUGGCACGCUGACGAGGCGGUGCGGGUGGACGUGGCGGAGCUGCUGUGCAUCUCAUUCCGCACCACGGCCAUGCCGUCCCCCCCCGAGCUGCACCUGCUGGGGCUCGCCUUCCCCCUCAACCUGCGCUGCUCCUCGCCCAACCUGCGCAUGCGCUGGUGCUCCAUCGUGCGCCGCUUCUUCUCCCGCGUUCGCGCUGCCGUGGAACGGCAGGAGAGGAUGGCUGCUGUCACCCGCCGCCAGAAAAUGGUUGCGCUGGGGGGAGGCGAAGCAGGGAAAGGAGGCGAUGCUCGGGGAGGAGGUGAGGAGCAGGAGGAGGGGGGAAUGAAGGCAGGGGAGGAGGGGGGGGAAGAGGGGGAGAGGGAGGAGGGGGCGAGUGUGGGCGAGUUACAGGCGUUCAUGCAGUGGCUCACUGCGCUGCUCUUCUCCUCGCUGUACCCCUCCGCGCCCUAUGAGUGCAAGAGCAUGGCUCUCGACACUCUCUCUGCGCUCAUGGACGUCUGGAGCCCACAUGACUUCCUCCCGCCUCACACUGCCGCUGCACCGCCCCCUCACACCACCCCACACCUCCCAACCUUCUCCCCCUACCCGCCCGGUGCGCUGGCCCCAGGCAGCACGCACCUACUGCUGGCAGCAGCGGUGGACAGUUGGGACCGGCUGAGAGAGGCGGCGCUGGGGGUGCUGCUCAAGUACCCUGCUCCACUGCCGGGGUUGGAGAGUGCAGGGCAGGUGGCAGAGGUGGUGGAGUGGGCGUGUGGGCUUGUGAUGAGCCCGAGGGUGAGGGAGAGUGAUGCGGGCGCGCUGGUGCUGAAGCUGGUGUUUAAGAAGUAUGUGGUGGGACUGGGGUGGCAAGUGAGGCUCUUUCCCUCCGUUUCUGUCACGCCUCCUCCUGCUGCUGUUGUUGGUGAUGAAGCUGCUGCUCCUGGUGCUCUUGCUGACUGUGCUGUUGAGUCUGGGGGCAGCAGCAGCAGCAGCAGCAGCAGCAGCAGCAGCAGCAGCAGCAACAGCAAUGGGCAAGGGGUACUGGUGGAGUAUGUGCAGUCGCUGAACGAGUGGCUGGCAGCGCUGGUGGAGGAGGGUGAGAGGGACAUGAUCGGGGCGUGCUGGCACAGCCUCGUGCACGGUGUGCUGCUGCUGCUGCGAUACACGCUCGAGGAGGUUGACUGGACCGAACCAUCCAUGCACACCGCUGCUGAUGCUGCUGAUGGGGCUGACGGGGCUGAUGGGGCUGAUGGGGCUGAUGGGGCUGCGCAGGAGGCGCAGACAGCAGGGGGCAUGAGGGGGGUGCUGCGGCGGGUGCUGGCGCUGGUGCUGCGAGUGACGGGGCUGGCUCUGUGGGUGGUGGCAGCAGAUGGGUUGCGCGUGGACGUGGGGGAGGGGGGACGGCUGCAAGUGAGUGACAAGGACGCACAGGGGACCAGUGCAGUGUGCCGUGAGGGGCGAGAGGAGGAGAAUGAGGGGGAGGAGGAAGGUGAAGAUGGGGAGGUAGAAGGCAACGAUGCCGAUGAUGGUAUUGCCAAUGCUGCUGAUUAUGCUGUUGCUGAGGACGAUGUGAUGGGAGCCGGUGAAGACGAUGGCAGUGGGCAGCAGCUGGCCCCGGUGGAGCAGAUGGUGAUGGUGGCGUGCUGGCUCUCCAUGAAGGAGCAAGUGGGAGAUCACUUCGUCUCCCUCCUUCUAGCCAUGAAGCACAACGGGGCCGUCGACAAGACGCGGGCCGGCUUCAUAGCGCUCACAGACCGUCUGCUGCGCUGCCCUUCCCCCGCCCUCAACGCCCUCCCGCGCUCCUGGCUCACCACACUGCAGCGCCGCCUCACUGCACCGCACCAGACCCUCACCGACCUCAUCCGCCGCUCUGCUGGCCUGCCCGCUGCGUUCCUGGGGUUGUUUCUGGGCGAGCCCCAGGGGGCGCCGAAAGUGCUGCUGCCCCGUGCUGUGGCAUGGCUGCUGGAGGUGGUGGGGGGGGCGGAGAGACGGGGUGGGGUGGGGAGAGACGCGGAGGGUGUGGGGGAUGGUGCAGAAGUGGAAGGAGGGGCAGGAGGGGAAGAGUGGAAAGGUGGGCGUGCAGAGCAGGCAGGAGAAGCGCUGGUGCCAGGACCAGCAACAGUAGCACCAGGGGUGCAAGCUGCAGCAACAGCACCAGCACUGUCCCUCAAGGCACGAGAGGAGGGAGUGGUAGCAGCGGUGCACGCAUGGAACGUGCUGCGCCUGGCCUUCCACGACACCCACCUUGCCACUGACACCUCCGCCUUCUGCUCCCCUGCUCUCCAAGCCGCCGUCGCCGCCGCCCGCUCGCCGCACUGGGAGGUGCGCAACGCAGGCGGGCUGUGCCUGGUGGCACUGCUGCACCGCAUGCUGGGCUUUAAGAACGUGCCCCGGGCGGGGCGGCCGUGGGCGCGGGAGCAGGUGGUGUGCAAGCAGACAGCGAGGCAGAGCAUGACAGCAGUGGAGUUCUUCCUGCGCUACCCUCAUCUGCACGCCUUCUUCCUCCGCCACCUCCGACAGGCUGCGCUCGCCUUCCUGCCUUCUGCUGAGAUCCCCCCUGCUGACGUUUCCCCCUCCCCCACCGCCACCACCAGUGCCAGCGCCACCACCUCCGCUUCUUCCACCUCCUCUUCCCCCGCCUCCUCCCAGCCGCUGCAUCCCGCCCUGGGCCCCGCGCUCAUCCUGCUCUCGCGCCUCAAGCCCUCCACCCUCACCUCCCCCUCGCCCUCCUCCUUCCUCUCCCCCUCCGCCUUCGUGCCGGCCGUCUCGCUCUGCGCCGCCCACCCCCGCAUGCACAUCCGAGAGCUCGCCGCCCGCGCGCUCGUGCCCAUUGUGGCCUCCACGGAAGUUUCCGGGAUGCUGCUGAAGCUGGCACGCAGUCUACCAAAGGAGUGGGGAAGAAGGGGUGGGAUGGUUGGGAUGGAUGGUGGUGAGGAGGGACGAAGUGAGAAGGAAAGUGAGGAGCAAAAGGAGAAGGAAUGUGAGAAGGGAGAUGAAGGUGAGGGCGGGAGGGGAGGUGCAGGUAUGGGGUACAAUGCGGUGCAUGGUGUGCUGCUGCAGAUGCGCCACCAGCUUGCCGCCUACUGGGUUGCCGGCACUGGCCAGCAGCAGCAGCAGCAGCAGCAGCAGCAGGGGGGAGGGGAGGGGGCCAGCAGGGCAGCAGACGUGCAGGAGGUGCUGCAGGCGCUGCAGCAGCGGCGGUGGCUGGGCGACCCCCUCGCUUGCUGCUGCCCCAGUGUGGUUGCAGAGUAUCUCACCGUCUCCCACCUUCUCCUCUCCUCCGCGCUCCACGCCUCCCCUCCCCUCUCCGCCCUCCUCUCCUCCGCCCUCCACUCCUCCACCUCGCUGUCCUCCCCUCCCCUCUCCACCCCUCUCCCCACCGCCCCUCACCCCUCUGCACCACCCCUCACCCCAAUGGUUCAAGCCACAGCAGCCGCCUUCCUCCCGCUAGCCCUGCGUGCCUUCUCCUUCCACCCGCCUCUCCGUUUCACCAUCCUCGACCCCACAGCCCUCGCUCUCAGGCAAACCGCCGCCUCUCUGCUCCUCUCCCCAGAAGCUGUGUGCCUGGCAGGCCGAGGCCUGUGGGAGGGGCUGGGUGCUGUGGAGGGGGAUACGAGGCGAGAAGCAGGGGUGGGAGAGGGCGGGGUGUGUGGCAGUGCGGAUGCGUUUUGGCAGGUGGUGCUGUCAGCAGUGCAAGACCCCUGUCGAGACGUGCAACUGUCAGCUCUCCGCUCCCUCUCCCACCUCUUCGCCUCCCCUUGCUUGCUCGCGCCGCUGCUGUCACCGCUCCAGACCGCGCCUCACCGCAGCAGCAGCGGAGAGGGCGGAGUGGGGGCGGUGCUGCUGGCGGUGGUGCAGGGGGUGCAGCAGGAGAGGCGGGUGCACAGGCGGGACGAGAUGAGGUGCCGGCGGCUGCUCAAGGUGCUGCUGCCCGCCCUCUCCCUGCCCUCCCUGCAGCCCCUCCUGCUGCCUCUGCUUCCCUUUGCUCUGCUGCCUGGAGAACCACCGCUGGCAGGGACAGCAGAGGAGAGGCAACCUGAUGGCCCCUCCCACGUGCCUGACAGCACUGCAGCUAGCAGCGAUAGGAGCGGGUGUGCAGCGCUGUGGGCGGUGGUGCUGGAGAUAUUUGAGACGGCGCGCGUGCUGAAAACGAGGGAGGCGGCGCUGAGUUGCCUGGGGCACUGCUUCCGCCUUCUGCUCUCCCAGCAUGGCCGCCUGGCCGGGUGUGGACUGGAGCAGCAACAGCUGCAAGGUGCCUGGCAGCAGGAGGGCGCGAAGCAGUCAAUGGAGGGGGUGUUGACUUCAGGAGACUUUUCCCUGGGUCAGGGCCGAGGUACGGGGAACCUGCUGCAGCUGGCUGCCACGUGGCUGCAGCUGAUUGGCGAGCAAAGUGCAGCGCACCGGCCAGUGAGUGUGCGGCGGGCGGCAGCGGAGGCGGUGGUGUCGUCAGGACUGCUGCUGGAGGUGGGUAGAGUGGGGCACGUGCUGCGCUGUGAAGCAAUGGGAGUGGAGGGAGAGGAGGGAAAAGAGGGAGCAGAGGGUGGGGAAGGAGGGGAGGGUGCAGUGAUGGAGUAUGCGAGGGUGGUGGUGCGUGCAUGGCUGACAGUGAUUAGAGUGAUGGAGGAUGAGGAUGAGACGCUUCGCAAGUCCCUCGCCACUGCUGUCCUCACCAUCACCACCACUGCCGCUGCCGACGCCGCACACCCACACGCACCACCCACUACAGCAGCAGUGUCAUCGGCCUUUGUGCCGGCACAAGUGGAGCGGGCAGUAGAGGCAGCACUGGCACACGUGUCGCUGUGCCUGCGCGCCUGCCCGCCCGCCCUGCUGCCCGCACACCUGGCAGCCUGGGUGCUUCACCCCGACUUUGUCUCCCCCUCGGGCUUUCAGCGCCUCACUGCCUUGGACCGCCUGGGAGAUGAGCUGGUGGGUGAGGAGGAUGAAGAGGAGGAGCAGGAGGAGGAGAGUGCAGCAGAGAGUGAGAGGAGGGAUGGGGAAACGAGACCAGGAGAGGAAGGAGCAGUGGCAGCAGUGCGGGCAGUGCCGGGGUUUGUGCGGAGGCUGUUUGACCGAGAGGUUGAUAACCACCACGAGGAGCCCUUGCUGCUCGCACACCUCUGCUGCCUGCACCUGCACCAAGCGCUGCAGCACUGCCCGCCCUCCCCUGCGCUCCUCAGAACAAUCACCACCUGGAAAUUGGUCUUUGCAAGAAGGUUUUUCACCGAGGCUGCCCAAGCUGCCCGGCUGUGCAAGUCGAUGAAAUGGGUGGGCGGGCCGACGUUUCACCAGGACUCUUUUUCUGCCCUGAUUCGGCCGCUUCUUGGGUUGUGGGCGCUUAGCAAAGUGUCGUUCUCGGGAGCUGGGCGUGUCGAGUGUCUUGCACUGGGUUGGAGAAAUAUGAGCAGAGAGGAGUGUGAAAAGGAGUGUGUCGAGAGCAGCAGUGGGGAUGGGAGUGAGUGCACGGCAGCAGUGAGUGCGUUGCAAGCAACAGCCGAGGAUGUGCGGAGGACAAGGAAGCUGGUCAAGGCAGCUGCGAGGAAGCUGCAGGAGAUGCCUGUGAAUCCCAUCCUGCAGAGUGUGCUCUCAGAUGUGAUGCGGGCGAAUGCUGAUGAUGAUGCUGAUGAUGAUGCUGUUGAUGAUGCUGAUGAUGAUGCUGGUGCCAGGGAGAGGGGUAGGAAGGGGAUGCGUUGGGAGAAGGAUGUGCUGUGGUGUGAUCCGCUUUUCCUCUUGCAUGCACAGUCGUACGGCAUGUGA